UAUGUCAUUUCCGAAAGCGAGUCCGAAAUUGUGAAUGUGAAUAACGCAUCGUCGUCGUUUGUCGUAUUUCUCAUAAAUUUUUUAACCAGCAAAUAAAUAUAUUUUAUAUAAACUAAAUAUAAUAAAUAAUAAUUAUGUCAGCAAUAAGUUUAUUAAACCCAAAAGCUGAAGUUGCUAGAGCAUCUCAAGCAUUAGCUGUUAAUAUUUCUGGAGCUAAAGGAAUCCAGGAUGUAAUGAAAACUAAUUUGGGACCCAAGGGAACCAUGAAAAUGUUGGUCUCUGGUGCUGGAGAUAUAAAAAUAACUAAAGAUGGAAAUGUAUUGUUACAUGAAAUGCAAAUACAACAUCCAACAGCAUCAUUGAUAGCAAAAGCUUCAACUGCCCAGGAUGAUAUGACUGGCGAUGGUACCACAACGACAGUACUUGUUAUUGGAGAACUUAUGAAACAAGCUGAUUUAUUCAUUGCCGAAGGCUUACAUCCGCGAAAAUUAACUGAAGGUUUUGAUUUGGCAAGAGUAAAAACACUCGAAGUAUUAGAAUCAUUGAAAAUUCCAAUUGAAUGUAAUAAAGAGGGACUUCUGGAUGUUGCUAAAACAUCUUUGAGAACUAAAAUUCAUGCAAAAAUUGCUGAUAAACUUGCAGAAGUAUGUGUUGAUGCAGUAUUAACAAUCAAACAAGGCGAUAACCCAAUUGACUUACAUAUGGUCGAACUUAUGGAGAUGCAACACAGAACAGCUGCUGAUAGUACAUUGGUACGGGGUAUUGUUAUGGAUCACGGUUCAAGACAUCCUGAUAUGCCGAAAAGAGUUGAAAAUGCGUAUAUACUUACGUGUAAUGUAAGUUUGGAGUAUGAGAAAACAGAAGUUAACAGCGGAUUUUUCUACAAAACAGCUGAGGAACGUGAAAAACUUGUUGCUGCUGAACGUGAAUUUAUUGAUAAUCGUGUGAAAAAAAUAAUUGAGCUGAAGAAAAAAUUAUGUGAUGGAACUGACAAAACCUUUGUUAUAAUAAAUCAAAAGGGAAUUGACCCACCGUCUUUAGAUGCAUUAGCUAAAGAAGGAAUAAUGGCUCUCCGUCGUGCUAAACGUAGAAACAUGGAACGUUUGGCUCUUGCUUGUGGUGGCACUGCCGUUAAUUCCGUUGAUGAUUUACAGGAAGAUUCUUUAGGUUGGGCUGGUCUUGUUUAUGAACACGUUCUUGGUGAAAAUAAGUAUACUUUUGUUGAAGGAUGUAAAAAACCAAAUUCAGUAACAAUUUUAUUGAAGGGACCAAACAAAUAUACAUUAGUACAACUAAAAGACGCUGUACGUGAUGGUCUUAGAAGUAUUAACAAUGCUAUUGAAGAUAAAGCUGUUGUUCCUGGAGCUGGUGCCUUUGAAGUUGCUGCUAGUCGUGCUCUUUCACAGUACAAAGAACAGGUGAAAGGAAAAUCACGUUUUGGUAUUCAAGCUUACAGCGAAGCUCUUCUUGUUAUUCCAAAAAUACUUGCUGUCAAUAGCGGAUUCGAUUCUCAAUACACGAUUGUAAAGCUCCUACAAGAAAGUGCUGCCCUUGGUGAACCUGUUGGCUUGGAUAUCAACUCUGGAGAAGCUAUCAAACCUAGCGAUAUGGGCAUUUACGAUAAUUAUGUUGUUAAAAAACAAAUAAUCAAUUCUUGCACUGUUAUCGCAAGUAAUCUGUUACUUGUUGAUGAAAUAAUGAGAGCCGGUCUAUCAUCAUUAAAAGGAUAAAUUUAACGUCACAUGAUUAAUCAUCUUUUGUUUCUUAAAAAUAAAACUAAAGUAAUUUUUAUCACGCGAUUAUUACAUUUAACAUAAUUAUAAUAUUUCUUGUUUAUUUAACUACAUUGCAGUAAAAUUUUUUAAUUGCCUUUGCUUUAAUAUAAUAAAUGUUUCUA